AUGAGAAGCUCGAGACCUGACGAAAGGUGUAGCUAUCGUAACAGCUUUGGACAACCUACCAUACCUGGAGGCAUUAGCUCGGCUAAUAUCAGUGAUGGUAGCCAUACUGGUGGAGCUGAGGGAAUACUUAUAGCUUGUCUACUACCAGCCUUUAUUCGCCGGCUUGUGCGAUGCCGCCGUGAACUUGUAGCUCAAGAGAACAUCUCACUAUUUGCCGAUAUCCGACAGCUAUUGAACUACCUCCGUGAGACCCACGGCAGCACUUUCCGACGUUCAUUGCUUUCCGCACUGCUGUGCAUUAUUUAUCGACGAAUGGCUGCUAAGCCAUCGGCCACUUGCCAUCAACAAGCACGUAAUAGAACAAUUACUGAAAAACUUAGUUGCUUUCUUGACUGGGUCGCUCAGCUUCAGGCACCGGUUCGGCCCUCUUGCACCGUGAUUGAGCAUGCACCACCAAUUCUGCAUGAAUGUAAAUUCUCCUUUUAUUUGCAACUGGGAGUUGCUCUUCUAGUCGGCAUGUCAUGA